AGCUUUACAGCAUUAUAGAUACUGCGUAUAACCCAGAUGUUCUUCAGAGGGGAGAAGAAAACCCAGAAAAGAUGGAGCACUUGAUCCAUUUGACACUUAAAUUCAUUGAGAAACGAUGCAACCUUAUUCUUUCCGAUUUGUACACCAUUGAAUCAUUCAAAUUGAAAGGAAGCCUAGAAACCAUGCAGCAACGUCUAAAAGGAAGGCAGAAUCCAACUCCACAUCUCAGUCAGAACACAAAGGAACUGACACUUGAUCAGCUGCUACACACUAUGGAAGCUGAGGACUGCAGCAAUGCUCCUGUGCUGCUGAAGGAAGAAAGCGCGCCACAGUCUAAAGUGCAUCUGAUAGAGGAAAUUACCAGUACUGAAAUGCCAGAGAAGCUAAGUACUCCUGUCUAUGAAAUGAUCACUGUGAAGGACGCAAGCAAGAGACCACUCAAAAUUGAACUCAGAAUUGAAUUGCCUAAGGUUAGCUAUGUUUCUGAGUGUGAUUUCAGAAUUUCAAAGGAUGACAUAAUCAUUGAAGUCCCUGAAAAAUACAAAUUACAACUAGAUCUGCCAGCACUGGUGGAUGAAGAAACAACUACAGCAGUAUUUAACAGAGGAAAACGGGUGUUGUUUAUCACAGUGCUAGUUGCCAAGCCAGAGCCCUAA